UUUAUGGAACUACUAAUACUUGUCAACCACAAAGCACUACUGCUGUUAGAAUAACAGAAUCACUGUCAUCAUCUGUCCUCACCACUGUGUUUUCCUCUCUGCUGUUUACAGCUGAACUCUCAGUCAGACUGGUGGAUGGGACCACUUCCUGUUCUGGGACAGUGGAAGUCUUCUACAGAGGAGAGUGGUUAGGUCUAUGUUCUAGGUGGUGGGGCAUGAAAGAGAUCAAGAUUUUGUGUAGAGAGCUGGGAUGUGGGAAUGUUGUAGCUAAAUCUAGAGGACCACCGUUUGAAGAUGGAAGAAGAGGAAUCAGCAUAUGGCUUUGUAGUGGAGAUGAGUCUUCUAUUACAGAGUGUAAAAAAAAUAGAAGGAGGAGCUGGUGUCUGUAAUGCUACAUAUGAGUAUCAUCUUCAUGUGACCUGUUCAGAGUCUGUGCGGCUUGUGGAUGGAGCUGGUCUCUGCUCUGGGAGAGUGGAGGUGAAGUCCAAUCAGUCCUGGGCCUCAGUGUGUGAAGCUGACUUUGACCGGCAGGAUGCAGAGGUAGUCUGUGGGGAGCUUGGCUGUGGGGCUCCUGCAGCUCUACAGGGGGGCUCUAUGGAGAAGGUGAGGGUCAGACCUGGGAUAAAGAGUUCCAGUGUAAAGGCAAAGAGUCCCUUCUCCUGGACUGUGACACCUCAGACAGAGAAAACAACACCUGUCUACCUGGUAAUGCUGUUGGACUCACCUGCUCAGAGCCUGAUGAUGUGAGGCUGGUGGGAGGAGGCAGUCGCUGUGCUGGUGGAGUGGAGCGGUACUACCAGGGAGAGUGGAGAAUUGUGGGAGCUUCCUG